AUGGCUCCGCCGAAAGGACUCAGAAGAGGUACCACGCACAACUCCCUCACGACCCGGCUUCUCACAAAUUGCCAAGAGCAUUUGACCCGACUUAAAGCCUCCCUCGCCCUCGCCUUCCCCUUCGUCACCCCACAGAUCGCUAAGGAGCUCAUUGUGCGAGCCAAGGCCAGUCUACGUGGCGCGACGCCCGCUGACGUGGCGGCUGGCGUGGCGCAGCUCUCCGCGGCGGUGGACCGCGCGCCGUGGCUGGCGGCGUCGCUGCAGGAGAUCCGCGCGCGCGCGCUGAUGCGCCUGCAGCGGUACGAGGAGGUGGUGGCGGUGCUGGCGGAGCGAUGGUGUGGCGUAGGGAAGGAAGGAAGUGCGCUGAUGCGCCUGCACCGGUACGAGGAGGUGGUGGCGGUGCUGGCGGAGUACCUGCCAGACCUGUCUACUGUGCACAACGCUAUGCACUGCGGUGAGUUGUGGUUCGUUCUUUUUAGCGAGUACAGACAGGCAAAGACGCUAGCAACGCCAAUGAGCGUUCAAAAGAGGUGUGCAUUGGUGAGGAACGGUUAUAAUUCGCCUCUCUUGUCCCCUUCCCUCUGUCUCUCUCCCUCCCUCUCUCGCCACCUCUCUCCUUCUCUUCUUCUCCUCCUGACAGCGGAGGACGAGAACAAGUCAGCCACGGACAUGUGGCAGUGUCUGCUACUGGGGCAGGCCACGUACCACCUGGGCUGGCUGGACGAGGCGCUCGUGCUCCUCAGACGCGCCAAGAGGCUCAGCCAGGCUGUAGCGCGCAAGGAGAGUGCAAUGAUGGACGAGGACCAGUUCCCAGUCUUCGACGCCUCCCACCCUGCAGCCAUGGCGCCUCUCUCCGCGUCCUCCUCAGCGGGGGAGACACUCAACCGCCUCAUUCUCGUCAUCCGCUUCCUGCUCUGGCGCCGCUCCGCUGGCGACGCUGCCUUUGCUGCCGGGCUCUAUCCGGAAGCUGUCCGCCACUACUCAAAGGUUCUCGAGUCCAAGAAGGGCAUUCCCCAGUCACUAGCUGCCUCUCUCUUCCUCCGCCGAGCUGCAGCCUUCCAAGCCUCCAGCCGCAUCGCCGAUGCUAUCGCCGACUGCUCCCGAGCCUCAGCCCUGGAGCCUCACCGAGCCGACGCGCUCUGGUGCCGAGCCUGCCUCUACCAGUCGGUCGGCUGCUUCCAGGAAGCUUCCCAGGACCUGGAGCGGCUCCUUUCGUUUUAUCAGGAGCUGCUGGCGUCAGCAGGAGGAGGCAGGGACCUGUGGUUACGGUUACAGAUCAGCUGCGGAUUCUGUGCUGCUUGCUUCUUUGACGAGGCUGUGAGCGGGUCAGCAAGGGCAGGGGCAGGGGGGGCGCCGGGGGCAGGGGCCGGGGUAGGGGCGCGGAGUGCAGGGGAAGCAGGGGAGCAGGUGGGGGCGGGGGUGGGGAAGAAGGGGGUGACCGGGAGGUGUACGCUGUGUGGGAGAGUUCGGUCUGCUAGGCUAGGCGCUGGUGACACAGGGCUGGUUGCAGCUUUGGAGCUCGGGCUUGGAGGAGAGAAGCGCAAGUUUGUCGGGCGGCAGAGGGGCCUUAGGCGGUGGUUUGCCAAUGCGGUUGUGCACGUUGGGAGGUGGUUGGUGGUGGUGGGGAGGGUGUUGGGAGUGGUGGCGCAGGAGGAGGAGGAUGAGGCGGGGUGGUGGCGAGAGCAGACGAACAUGGAAGUUGUGGAGAAGCAUCUUACGUGGGAGCACGUGCGGCGGGUGAAGGCAAAACUAGAGAAAGUGCGGGCAGAGGGGGCAGCAGCUGAAUCAGCAGCAGCAGCGGCGGCGGCGGCGGCAGCAGCAGGGGCGGAUGGUCAUGGAAUGGGAGCGGUGGGGAAGGGAGGUGAGGGGAGGGAGGGAGGGAGUGACGGGAGGGAUGUGAGGGAUGUGGCAGUUAGUCAGCGCAGACUGAUGGAUCAUGCUCGCAUCUUAGGCCUCUCCACCUCCACUGCUGCGUCUAUAGGCGCUCUCUCCUCCUCCCUCGCCCGCUCUCUCUCCCUCACAGGAGGAGCAGCAGCAGCAGGAGGAGGUGAGGGUGCUGGUGGGGGGUUGGGUAGUGCCCCGUCCUCUCUACCUCAAUCCCCCAGCUAUUCCCAGCAGCAGGAGCAGAGGGAGCAGCAGCGGGAGCAGCAGCGGGAGCAGAGGGAGCAGCAGAGGGAGGCGUUGCGGGAAGGGCUAGCAGCGUCCCUAGCUCUAGCUGCCUACCGCAUUGCUCUCAUCCGCAACUCAGAGGCGCGCGCCCUCACGUUCGUUGAGAAGUGCGCUAUCAGGGACGGGCGGAGCUCUAAAGAGGUGAAAGACGAGGUGAUGCAUGAGUGGGCGAGGCUAGAUGGCGUGUUACAGGAGGCUUAUGCCCAGCUGAUACAGGCCACGGGAGGGAACAAGGACUCUGCUGCUGCUGCCGCUGCUGCUCUGCAGCUGAUUAUGGGGGAGGGGCCGCUUGGAGGGGGGUUGACAGGGGAGGGCCAGUUGGGGGGGCUGCCAGGAGUGGGAGCGGCAGGAGGAGAAGCAGGAGCAAGCGGAGCAGGAGGGGCAGCAGGAGCAGCAUUAGCAGGAGGAGCAGCUGACGUGGCAGGUGGUCCGGGCUCAUUCCCCUCCUUCCCUUCUCUCUCAGACACGCUGACGUCGACAGGACAGAGUGAGGAAGCUUCCUUUGCAACUUCUGAAUCGUCAAGUCUCGGGGUUGUGGAGGAGGAAGGGGAGGGAGAGCAGGCGGAGUUUCUGUUGGGAGGUGAGAUGGGGGAGAGAGGAAGGCCAGACAAGGGAAGGGCAGAGAGGGUGGGAGAAGCAGGAGGGGAUCAGGAACAGCAGGGGAUGGAGCAUUCGGCAGCUGCGGCUGCAGGGGCAGGAGGGGGUGGUGUGGGCCGUGCAGCUUCAUUCUCAUUCUACAACCAGGUCCCAAUCACACCAGGCGAUUCCACCACUCCAGCUGCUGCCGCUGCCGUUGCCACAGCAGCUGCCACAGCUGCCGCUGCUGCGGCUACUGGAUCUUCCAUAGCUGGAGGUGGUGGUGGUGGUGCUGCUGCUGCUGCUGCUGCUGCUGCUGCUGCUGCUGCUGCUGCUGCUGCUGCUGCUGCUGCUGCUGCUGCUGCUGCUGCUGAUGCUGCCACUGCAGCAGCAUCGUCCUUGACUGAUGAUGCGCCAAUUCCAUCCAAGCCACGAUCCCGUUCGGCGAUGGAGGAAGAAUCGAAGCAUACAGGCGCUGCAGCUGCAGCAGCAGCAGCAGGAGGAGGAGGAGAAGGAGCAGGAGGAGAAGGGGGAACAGGAGAAACGGGAGGAACCAUGAGGCGCAGUAAGAGUGCUAAGGGAGUUGGUCCUGGUGGUGCUAGUGGUGGUAGUGGUAGUAGUGGAGGGUCGGCUGGUGGAGGGGGGGGUAGUUCCAGUGCGGGUGGGAGUGGGGGAGGUGGUAUUGGGAGCAGUUUAUUUGAAGCUGCACAGAAGGGCGCGGGUGCGGGAAUAGGGCUGGGUGUGGGAGCUUUGCAGUCUGUAGGAGCGCUCAAGUUUCGACGGAAAGUGGAUGAGAAAGGGGAGGGGAGAGCAGGGGAGGAAGGCGGGAGAGAGGGAGGAGAGGGUGGGAGGGAGGGGCGAGAAGGGAAGGGUAGGCGAGAAGGGAAGGAGGCGAGGGGUCAGAAGGAAGUGGGCGAGGGGAUGGAAGGGGAGGAGGAGGAGGAGAAGAGGAAGAGUGAGAAGAAGGGCGAGAAGAAGAGACAUGGGAAUGUGUUCAAGAUAGGGGGGUUACUGGGAGGAGGAGGGAGUGGGGGGGGUAGCAGCCUUGGUAGUGGCAAUACGGGUAACAGCAACAACAGCAACAGCACUGGCGGUGCUGGUGACGUGGCUGCAGUCUCCCCAACAGCUGCCACCUCAGCGUCUGUCUUUGCCAUGUCAGCGCAGACAUCUGCCUCUUGGGAAGGUUCCGGGCAGGAACCGGGCGUUCUUAGCCCCCACAAAGCUCCUCUUGCUGCCACGUCAGCAGCAUUCGCAGCAACAGCAGCAGCAGCAGCAGCACCAGCAGCGGGGGGUGCACAUAUGCAAUCAGGCGAGUCAACUGGGCUAGGAGCAGCAGCAGUACCCCUCCUCUUAGCCGAGCCCGGGGCAGGCUUGACUGGGGAGGGCUUUACUGUAGGUUUGGGAAGGAAGGGGCCGAGCAAGUCAGGGCCGAUACUGCUGGGCUCGUAUGGGUCGUCUGCAGCAGCUGUAGCAGCCGUAGCACCGGCUGUAGCGCUAGCAUCAGCACCUGCGCUGGAACCUGCAGGGUCGGUUUCGUCUCCCCAUGCCGCAGCAGGAGCAGCAGGAGCCCCAGGUAGCUCAAGCCUGGAGGACAGCUCAAGUGAAGGCAAUAGGCUGGGCAGUGAUUCUUCUGCUGCUGGUGCUGCGGAUGGUGCUGGUGUGGUUGGUGUUGCUGCUACUGUUACUGCUGCUGGUGGUGGUGGUGGUGCUGCUGCUGGUGCUAGUGGUGCUUCGCCAGGUGGAUUCUCAGGUGAAUUCAACGCGAUCAUGUCUCCGACCACGCCACCUGAGCCACACUUCAGCCACCCCCACUCCCUCACUCCCCCACUUCCGGAAGUAGAAGAGGGGGAUGAGGAGGGGGCAAUAGGCGGGGAGGGAGAGGAGGGGGAGGAGUGUGGGGAGGGCGAAGGGGGGGAGGCGGCAACACCGAGUGCAGUGGAAGGGAGGGGCGCCAAGAAAAUGGUGGCUCAGGCUGUGUUGGGAGGGCUCAAGAAGGGGCUGAGAACAGGGUCUCAGCUGGGGAAGAAAAUCGCUGCUGCCACUAUGAGCCCCCAGAGGGCCCUCGCGACAGCCAUCACCAAGGAGGUAGACCUGAUGAACACCAAGAUUGCCGCCACCAUCCGCAGCAGAGCAGGCUCGUCCAUUGCCCCCACCGCCCCCACUGCCCCCACCCCCACCACCACCGCUGGUCUCCCCAGCAGCACUCUUGGCAGCAGCAGCAGUUUCAGCAGCAGCACUGGCAGCAGUAGUAUCGCUCCUAGUGCUGCUAUGCUCACGGGCAGCAACAGCAACGCUGCUAACGAGGCUUCUUCUGCAGCAGCUGCUGCUGCAUUCUCUGCUGCUGGCAAUGGCAGCGGUAGCGGUGGUAGUGGUAUGAUCGGUGAUAGCAGUGGAGCUGGUUCUGCAUUCUCAGGUGCUGCAUUUUCAGGCCCACUCUCAGCGCCUUCCUUCCAUCCGCCUCUUUCCCUGCCCUCCCCUGCUCCUGCCCCACCCUCUCCUGACUCCUCUCUGGCUGAGGCUCUGGCAGCAGCAGAGGCAGCAGCUGCAGCGUUUGAAGCAGCAGGUGCAGCAGCAGCGGGAGAUGGGGCGGCAGGAUUGGCAACAGGGAUGGGGCCAGGGGUGGGAGCAGGGAUGGGAGCAGGGAUGGGAGCAGGGAUGGGAGCAGGAGAAGCAGCAGGGUUCAAGAGGGGUGUGGAUGGUGGUGGAAACGGUUCCAGCAGCACAGGCGGCACUCAUGUUGGCAGUGGGGAUCCGAGCACCAGUGCAGCUGCAGCAGCAGACAGCAGGGACAGAGGCAGGGCCAGCAGACGCAGCGGUGGCAGUGGUGGAAGCGGGGGCAGCGGGGGCAGUGUGAGGAUAGCAGGGAUGGAGGAGGAAUCUAACCUGCUGCUGCUGGCAGCGGUGCUGGAAGUGGGAGGCUUCUAA